UGUCUGUGGUGGAAUAUGAUACACGGAAGGUCAUCCGUGAUGUAUAAAAAUCUUUUCAUUUGUUUAUAUUUUAUUCUUUAUUGUAUAUGUAAGACAACUGCGGCGGAGUUUAGGUAUCCCCCUCAUGGGCCUUUAGCAAAGUGUUCGUUUCUACCAUUGGAAUUCAUUGAUUGUGACCCUCUAAUAGAUCAUAAGGGUAAUAAAACUGCAAAGGAAGAAGAUGGUGGUUAUGGCUGGGUUAAGUUUGGUGGAUAUAGAUAUGAAGAUGUUGAAAAAGGAAAGAGAAACUGCACAGUACUACAAGACAUAGAAUGUGAAGGUGAAAGAACAUUUGGACGGGAUGGCUUUCCCUGUAUCAAGUAAGUGUUUUUAUAUUGUUGGGUAACUUUUAUACAAAGCAAAAUAAAAUAAAAGUUUCUGUGGAGUUGGAUCCCUUCAUU